AUGUCCGCAGAUCGUCUCAGGGCAAUUUCUGCUCACCUUGAGCCCUCGAAGACUGGGGAGGGGUCCUCCAAAGAAGAAAUGACGACUGUGCUCCGGAACCACGCCAGUUUACGAGUUUCUCUCAAAGGAAUUGUUUCUGAUGUGCGUGGGGUUCCCAUAAAUCAGUUCAGAGGCAUCAAAUAUGGCCAUGUUCCAGGUCGAUUUGAGAUAUCAGAACUAUGGAGCUCGAACCAAGUGCAGAGACUAGACCCGAUAGAUUGUACUCAAUUUGGUCCUGUCUGCCCCCAGAAUUACACACCACCUGAAGUUUUACUCCGUGUUCCACAGGGACUUGAAGACUGGUUAACGACACAAAAUGAGUUUGAAUGUCUCAAUCUCACAGUCACGGUUCCUGCGUUGCCACAGAGACAGAAGAAGCUGCCGGUCUUAAUGUGGAUAUAUGGCGGCUCACAGGUCAUGACCUUUGGCAACAUUGGGGGCAAGCUAUGUGAUCCGCAUCGUAUGGUUGCCGAAUCUGUCGAGCUCAACAAGCCAAUCAUCGUGGUGGCACUCAAUUAUAGGCUCAACAUAUUUGGCUUUGGAGAUGGAAGUCAAACGAACCUUGCCUUGAAAGAUCAAAUGAUCGCUGUCGACUGGGUUCGAAAACAUAUUGAAGGCUUUGGAGGUGACAAGCAGGAAAACAUUACACUUGCUGGGGAAUCUGCUGGUGGUGUUUAUGUUCAUGCCCAUUCUAUUGUUGGCACUCCAAUUAAACGUGCCAUUCUUCAAUCUGGUUCCCUUGCACUCUCGCCACCCCUCCCUCCGAAGAGAGGGCAAAGCAUGACAAGCAACCUGGCGAAGAUUAUCCAAAAGGAAACUGGAUACACUCUCAAAGAUGUGCCUGCUGAGUUGCUUCUCAAAAGAUUGGAGAAGGACGGAGUCGGGGCUAUGUGGUUACAAGCAACCGAUGGGCUAGAAGGCUGGAAUUCAAAGCCUGAAGCCGUUGAGGAGCUCAUGGUCGGAGAUUGUGAAUACGAUUCUGCAAUUUGGAGAAACGGUGUUGAGUCACUCAAUGCGGAGCAGAUAAACAAAAGCUUCGACAAAAUUCAAAAUUCCUCAGCCAUCAAGUCGGCUUAUGGGAUUGUUCCUGAGAGAUCAACGUCAUGCAAACUGGGUGCGUUGGACUUUAUUAAUGAUUACUGCUUUGCCAUGCCUGCCAACGACAUUGCAGCCAAAUGGCGCAGCAAUGGACGCAAGGUCUAUCAGUACAUUGUUGAUCAACCUAAUCCGUGGCAAAGUUCUAGCAGAAGCCACCACGCUGUUGAUCUGAUCUUUUUGUUUGGCGGAUAUGAUUUAUCUAGGAUAAACCCUAAGGCAGAAUCCGUUGGGACUGAGAUGCGAAUGAGAUGGAUUGCAUUCAUCAACGGCAAGCAGCCGUGGGAAGAAGCCAGAAGAAUGGCAUUCGGGCCGGUUGGAAACUGCGUGGAAAUUGGCGAGAAAGAGUACAGGUAUCGGCGCAGGGUGUCGCAUUUCGAGCUGUUGAAACAAAGCUCCCCACGAGAAGUGGUGUCCGCAUUCGCAGGACUUGCAAUGGGGAGUCUAAGUCUAGACAACUAG